CAGCUCUUAGCUGGCAGUGGUUCAUUGACCAACAGUAGAGGGUCACUUUUGCACCUGAGGGAGACUGACUGACCCCUUUUAGUGUCCUGUCCACUCCUCAUCAGUAGACUGACCAUAUCCUGAUAACAGACGCUGGUCACAUUAAGGGGGGGUACAGUCAUGGAGUUCGGAGCGUGUGUCAGAUUUCAUUGGACAUGACGGACAAGGAAUACAUUAUGUUCCACUGGGGUAGACCAAGGACGUAGGUUGUCUCCAGUCUGAAGUCCGUAGUCCAUUGUUGCUCUUGGAUGGAAUAAAGAACCAAAGGAGGCGCUGAACCUGUGAGAUUUUAUACCCAGGGACCAGGAUCAGCACCAAGAAUGGUGUAUUUUUAAUCACCAUUGUUGUCAGUAGAUAUGAAAAGAUUAUGAAAGCGAAAAAGAAAUUGGAAUAAUUGCAGCAGUGGGAUUUUACACCAGGGUCUUUGUUUUUGUGCCAUACGUCCAUUUUUCAUCACCUUUCUUAGAAAGCUUUGUGAAAACUGGAUGAUUCAAGAAUAAGUGAUAACUAGUGAAGUGGAUUUAUACUCAUUACCAUGAUAACGUAGGGAUAUAAAUGUCUAUAUAUAUCAGUCCUAUAAGACCAUCAUGGCUUUUAGGUUGGCAAGUUAUAUAUGGAACACCUUUUCACAGAGUGUGUAUGGCAGAUUGCCUGGCAUAGCAGAACUUGACGAAGACGACAACGAGGAGGAAGAGGAGGAGGAAGAAGAUGCUGUAACUGAGGAGAACUGGGAAACCACCUUAAGGGCCUCGUUAGAAGGACUUUACAUCCCAUAUGCCAGUGUAGAGGGAGUCUUGGUCAGCCAAGUGAAGCAGUGUGUAGAUGAACAGUUUGAUGGGAACUGGGAUCAGUUCAGACAGGAGUUUCUUGGGCCCACAGUAGAGCUUUUAAGGAAAAUCAAAGCUGCUGCCAGGGCUAAUAUUUCCACUCACUUGGCAAGUGCACAUAAAGGCUGGCCGUUGUGCUGGGAAAACUGUGUCAUUAUCCAUUUAAACGAUCCACCUAGGAACUUACUACGGGACGGUGACUUUUACCUUUGUUUAAAAUGCAAUAUUAAAGACAGCGUUGAUGUUAUUGAAAACGACAACAGCAACCAUAAAGACAGCUCCAGCAGUAACAACAGUGCCGAUAUUGGAUUAGUUUUGCGAUACUCCUCACCAAAUGAUCAACUUCAGGAUAUCGGUAUUGAAGACGUCCGCAAUUUAUUCAAGAUGUCUGGGAUAUAUACACUGAAGGAUGAUGGGAGUAAUUUGCGUGUCGUGCUCCGCCAUUGCCUCUUGGCGGUGGAACAGGGAGUCCAGAGAUUACGCUGGGACGAGGUGGUGUCUGGAAGUGCCGAAUAUCAGUCUCCCAUUGCCGCCAUUGUGGAUAGCGUAGUACAGGAAAACAGUACUGAAACAAAUGAGGAGGAUGAAGAAAAUGGUGGCACGGUGACAACUCCUAGGUUAGAGUUACCGCAGUCGGUUCUGGAUGUUAACUACGAUGUGUUGAGUUCAGGAAUUGCAACUCUUCCAGGAUCCAGAGACAGUCGUGGCGGCAGCGUGGUGGUAGUACACACACAUUUACCACAGUGGAACAGUGCUGACCUCAGGUGUUCAGAACUGGCGCGGCUCUUCAUGUACUACUAUGUUGUUCCGAGAGAGGAGAUCAGAAAGAAAGGAUCCACGUUUCUGAUCCAGGCUAAGGGUGCCAGUGAACUGGUGCUGAACAACUUACUGGAGGCCUUUCACAUUUUGGAAGUUCACAUCCCAGGGUCCAUUUACAUCAUACACAUUCUGGUCGACUCCGCAGCGCAGGGAAUUUUACUCAACUCCCCCGCACUAAGACCAGAGAUAGGCUUCAAGUUGGAUCUGGUAUCCAGUCAAGACCUGUUGUGUCGGUUUGUGGAGAAGAGGCAACUGCCGAUAGAGUUAGGUGGCUACUUUUCCUACAAUCACGAAGAUUGGAUUACUUUUAGAAUGCAACUGGAGCCAUUUUUGUCCAACUGUCACAGUGCAGCCAAGUUUCUUCUGGCCAUCAUGCGUGAGAUGACCUCUAUAACAGGGAUGCCGCAGACAUCUGUCGAUACAAAGAAGGUCAUCGAAAGACACGAACAGUAUGUGCGGAAGGCAUUUGAAGACGCAAGGUUGAUCAGCCUGCAGAAUGAGGGGACGGCCAUAUUGGGACUCAUGAACAAGCUGGAGCCUACACUUGGACACAGUCAGGACUACAGGGAUGCUAUGGACCUGGUGAAUGGUGUAUACACAGAGGUUCACGAAUGCAUGGCCAGACUGACCAAGCUAGCAUCCACCAGAGUGCAGAGGUUAGAGCAGUGCUUGCAGCUCCGAGAGUUUGAGGAACAGUCUGCAAAGAUGAUAGCAUGGCUGAGAAAAGAUGGAGAGGCUCUGAUCCAGGAACACAGCACAGUGGGUGACAACCUGAAGGCUUUAAGAAAGCAGCAGAAGGAAUUUGAGAAAGGAUACUUUGCAGCAAUGACUAAGUUAGAGAAGUGCCAAGACUUGAUAGAAGAAGCCAGUCUGCUUGCAGAGUCCGAGUCCUUCAAAGAGCACACGGGUAUUCGUGAGGUUGCACGCACAUUGAAGAGACACAUUCAUCACUUUACUAGUCGCGUGGAAGAGACGCGGGAGAGGAUUGAGGAUCAGUCCCAGUGUUAUCAUCUCUUGGAUAAGGCUUAUGAAUGGGCAUUGGAAGCCAUGAAAUAUGUUGCCAGCAUGAAAAUGGACACUUGCAACACCAUUGAAGGCCUUGAAACAUUGAGCACCAGUUUAGCAUCAUACCUAAAGAACCACCCCCCUAUAGGGGGAGACACCUUUGAUAAGAUGCAAGACUUAGCCGUUAGGCUCAAAAACGAGAAACUCCAAGAACAGUGCAAAGUGGCACGGUCUCGGUGUUUAGAGACUGGGGAGUUAUUACGGGUACGCCAGCUUACACUAUGUAAAGCCAAGGAUCAGUUAAUUGUAACUCAAAUGAAAAAAGACAGUGAAGGGAGAAAGCCCUUGGUGAUGCCAGAAACACCACAGAUGAGACGGAGAUAUAGUCAUGCAUCAGACAGUGUAGACAAUAAAGUGUGGCUGCCAAAAUCUUCAAGUACGCCUGUUAGUCAGCAGCAAUCUUUGGCGCAUAUUCGGCGGAGGUCGUAUGCAGGAAUGCCCUCCUCUCAGCUGAUGCAGCCAGGGAGCAGAAACAGUGUUCAAAUGUUCGGGGUUUCCCCUCCCACUUACAGGGACAGCAUUGGAAUGAAUCUCUCUGAAUAUGAGGAGCAACUCUUUAACGAAGGACUCAUCACUGAGGAUAUGUCACACAGAGUGGUGACGUCCAUUCCCAGACCACGCUCACGGGAAAACCUUACCAAAGAUGAUGUGGAUUCUGCAAGCAUCUCUUCCGAAUCCACAACAACAUCAUCAUCCUCAACCACGGUGUCAAUGAACAAAAAGGACAGGAUUUUGAAGCCUCUUAGAAAAAUGAUAAAAACACACAGUAUGCCUCUAUUCACAAACUUAGGUGGUGCUAACUCUUCAAUGUCAACGUCAGCGUCAUCAUCCUCGUUAUCUCCACAGUGUGUCCAGCAGAUGGCGCCAAUUGUGGAGAGGAGGCAGGCUGAUAGUUUGCUAGAGAAGAGGCAAGGGAAAUCCAUCAGUCUAAUUACAGGGAGUUCUGACAGCUUACCUAGUCUACCAGAAGAAGAGGAACCCCAGGUGACAGAGCCCCGUAAGGAGAGCUGGUCCCCAGUUCCUGUGAACACACAUCUCAUCAGUAAACCCCAUCACAGCUCCAUGUCUGAUCUCAGGCUGACAGAGGCGGAGAUCAAGAGCAGACGAACAUUGAACCUUGUCAUGCGUGAGAUGGUCCAGACGGAGCGGGACUAUGUCCAGUCCCUCAAGUAUGUGAUCCAAAACUACAUUCCGGAGCUGGAGCGCGAUGACGUGCCUCAGGCGCUGAGGGGCAAACGCAACCUCAUCUUCGGCAAUAUCGAAAAGAUCUACCAGUUCCAUAGCCAAUAUUUUCUCCAAGAACUGGAGCAGAGUGAAGGGUCUCCAUUCCAAGUGUGCCAAUUCUUUCUACAACAUGAACCUCAGUUUUACCUGUAUGCCUUGUACAACAAGAACAAACCCAAGUCUGAUGCCUUAAUGCAGGACUAUGGCAGCAGGUUCUUUCGGGCUAAGCAAGUGGAGCUAGGAGACAGAAUGGACCUGGGGAGCUACUUGUUAAAGCCAGUCCAGAGGAUGGGGAAGUACGCCCUCCUGCUCAAACAGAUCAUCAAGGAGUGCCCAGAGACGGAGCCCGAGUACCAGGAUCUGAAGGCUGCUGAAGAAAUGGUGAAGUUCCAACUUCGUCAUGGAAAUGAUCUCCUUGCCAUGGACGCCAUUAUAGGAUGUGAUGUCAACCUUCCUGAACAAGGUCGUCUGCUUCGUCAAGAGAGCUUCCUUGUCUGGCAGGGUCGACGGAAAUCAGUGCGUCAUGUGUUUCUGUUUGAGGAUCUGAUACUAUUCAGUAAGACCAAGAGAAGUGCCUUUGGUCAUGAUGCUUACAUUUACAAGAGCAGCAUCAAGACAACAGACAUUGGGAUGACAGAAAACGUGGGAGACAGUGGCUACAGGUUCGAGAUCUGGUUUCGCAAACUGAAUCAUGGCGACACUUAUGUCCUGCAAGCUGCAUCCUCUGAUUCGAAAAAUGCCUGGGUGCGUGACAUCUCUCGCAUUCUCUGGAGACAGGCCAUCAGAAAUAGAGAACUGCGCCAAGCAGAAAUGACAUCAAUGGGAAUUGGCAGUAAGCCAUGUAUUGACUUGAAGCAGAGUGAAGACAACAUCAGUGACAGGCUGGUGAACAUUUCCAUGGGGAAUAAACCUCGCACCAGGAAUUCAAUAGCUGUUUCUUCAUUUGACCAUCUAAAAAACGGCAACAAACGUCCACAUUCCAUUAUCUCAGUCAGUAGCACAUCAUCGUCCAGUAGCGGUCAGUCCAGUUACCAAGGCAACAUGUUUGGUACACUCAAUGUGACUCUGUAUGAGCAGGGUGAAGAUGACUUCUCCAAACCCUGCAGGUCUUAUACACUGUGUUCAGUAGAGAGUGGUAUUUGUGCAGACAUGAGCACAGAAUCCAGUGAGUCAACCAGUAAACGUGACGUGGAGAGAAGUGACAGCGGGGCAUCUGUCAGCUCUUACACGCUGCAAGCCUCACCAACAUCCACCAUGGCAUCCAGCUCUAUGGUGACAGAGGUAUAAAAGAAGUAUAAUGUGCAUGAUCAACUGAUGUGAAUUUCAAAGUGCCAACUGACAUGACACGAUGGUGUGUGGACGUUGUAGAACUCAAUAUUUUCAUCCAAAAAUGAUCCUUUCUUAUUGUCAACAAGUAAAACUGAGGUGGGAUUUCCAGAAAACAUAAGGUACUACAUUGGCUUAUCUUGGAAGUAAUCACCUUCUGGUGGUGACACUUGACACUAUGGAGAUGGAUACAUUGCAAAAAUAGUGGAAUUACAGUGAAUUUCGAAACUUGGCAUGAAACAACAAUGCUAUGUCAUUUUCAAAGCAGCAUUCAAGCACCAGAAUGGUAUUUAUGUAAAUUAUGAAUACAGGAUCUUUUAAGAACCACAAAUUGUAAUUAAAAUCUUUUUGCUGUCUUUUGUUUAAGCAGCAAGGUCUUAGUUGCUUUAUUAAAAGCAGAAAUUCAAUUUUAAAAAAUCCCAGAAAGUAUUUUAAAACUGAAAGUUUAUUUGCUUUAUUUUAUAAAACAAAUAGAAAACAUGGGAGAUUUAACUAAUGCAUUUGGUUUGACUUGCAGGCUAGCUCUCAGCCUGUAAAGGUAUCUUUACUGUUAUUUUGUUGUUGUUAUUAGAACAAGUUUUUUAUUACUGUUUUGAUUUACAAUCACAUUUCCUGUUAUUUAUACACCUGUACAUCUGUUGCAGUUUUUACCUCAUACGUGGCGAACUUGGAGUGCAAUGUAGAACAAAUUUCUGAAAUUCCAAAUGCAAAUGUUAAGUAUAUCAGUGCAAAUGUCGGUGGAUAAUUUGAAUUUUAUCCAAAGAUGAAGACAGAGAUUCUUAGUUUUGCUUAGAUAUUACUGCCGGAAAUAUAUAACCACUUGUAAAGCAAUAAGAAAACAUGAACCCUUUUUUUAUUAAAAUUAUUAAAAGAAAUGGACUAAGCAAUAAGAACUUUUAAGAAUGGUCUUAUCCUAUGCUACCAUUAAUCAGCAGACUGCUGAAAUAUGUGAUCUGGAAGCUAAUUGAGUUAAAUCACAAAUGAUAAUUAUUUUUGUUGAUACUGUGAAGAAAUCAGUAGAAGAAAUUCAAACUGUUUUUCCUUGCAAGUUGUUAGCUUUGUAUAUUUAUGUACAGAUCUGAUGAGAUUAUUAUUAUUAAAUGCAUGUAUGUGUAGUGUAUAUAUCAUCUAGAUUUUAUAUAAAUACAACUGUUGUUAUUAAAAUAAUGAUAUUAUUUUUGAAACAAAAAACUUUGCUAUGCAAGAGGCAUGCUGUUAAUAUAUUUAAACUGUGCUGAUGCAGUGGUUUGGGUAUUUGCCAGAUCAAACACACUACUACUGUGGGGAAAAUAUAAAAAAAAAUUCUUAUAAAUAAUAAAACAUACAUAUGAAAAUA